CAUCAUACAUGUUACACACACCCAAUCUUCAGAGAGAGAGAGAGAAUAAAGUCCAGUUCCAUGUUCUAGUGCAGUUUUUUCAAUUGAAGCUUCAUUAUUUGUUUUUAAUCAUCAUCCAUGUCGAGCUGCAUCAAUGUUUCUGCAGCCACCGAACAGCUUUGUUACAUUCCUUGCAACUUCUGCAACAUAGUUCUCGCGGUUAGUGUUCCAUGCAGCAGCUUGUACGAGAUUGUGACGGUCCGAUGCGGCCACUGUUCGAAUCUGUGGUCCGUCAACAUGGCAGCCGCUGCAUUUCAGGCACUGUCCACCUGGCAAGAACACCAGCCUCAUCAGGCUCCAAACAGUGGGUAUUCACCGGAAUACAGGAGUGAUAUGAGCUCCUCUUCCUCCGCCAGAAGCAACAACAAGAUAACAACUCGACCACUACCAAUAAACCCCCCUGAGCAACGCGUUGUGAAUCGACCUCCCGAGAAGAGGCAGCGUGUUCCGUCUGCAUAUAACCAGUUCAUAAAAGAGGAGAUUCAAAGGAUCAAGGCCAACAAUCCAGAUAUCAGCCACAGGGAAGCAUUCAGCACUGCUGCAAAGAACUGGGCGCAUUUCCCUCAUAUUCAUUUUGGACUCAUGCUGGAGAGCAAUAACAACCAAUCUAAACUUGAUGAGAAUGCUGCAAAGUUUCGCAUGCCGAGGUCUGCAUAUCUGAACAAGUGAUAGAAAAUGUUUGAUUUCUGGUUAUGUACCAGGUACUAGUACUAAAAUGUUCAUGAACUUUAAUUACCAUGCUUGAUGAAUUUUAUAAAUCCUGAACUCAAGACAACCUUGAGCUGUGUGUACUGCAUGCCUCUGUCUAUUAGAGGACAUAAGCUUACAUGUUUUCCUACUUCUUCCGGUGUAAUAUUUGUCUCAGCUUCUUGAGAAACUAAAGGAUGCAUUUCUAUUCACUUUUGUUUUCUGCA